UGAAAAGUACCAGAAUGGUGGCCUUGAUGACAUUCUCUCGCUGGUGGCCGUGGAAGAGUUGGUCUUUAAAUUCCGAGAGCAUCAUGUGGAUAAGCUCCCUGGAACAACCCGAGCCACCCGAGGAUCGGAAUCGAGUCGGAAGGGACGAGCGUACCGGUGAGCACUACAAUGUCACUCAGAACCUGACCAAUUGGCCUCCCCUGCCCCGAAGAUUCCUUGUCGUAGUAUCCAUACCGCUUCCCGGCGAUCAUCCGAGUAAUUAUGUUGAUCACCGUGCUCUGGACUGCCUCCCCGAUCACAACAACAUUGGUGGCCUU